AUGGCUGUGUUUGUUGGACCAGUAGCGAACAAGUUCUUGUUCACCAAUGUGAACAACCUGCUCAAUGUUUGGUGGCCACCUUCAGUGAAGAAGCUGAUGAGGUUCAGUUUGCCUCAAGUAGUUGGUGACGAAGCUAUGAGAAUGAGGCAGAUACUGAUGACCUCCGCUGAUCGAGAUGCACGCAAGAACUACGUAGACAGGAUGGAUUUGGUGGCACAAAACCAUAUUAGGACACAUUGGGAAGGAAAACAGGAGCUGUCUUGUCGCAUAUUUGCAAGCAUUGAUGAGCCAGUACACAUUUCCCGGCUUGCAUACCACUUUGACAUCUUUCUCAAAAGAGUAAUUCAUUUUCCUACCAAUUUACCCGGCACAACGUGUUACCGUGCUCCGAAAGCUGCGAAUGCAAUCAAGGAAGAGAUUCGGUUGAUUGCUAGACAAAGAAGAGCAGCUCUUGACAAGAAAAUGGAGUCACACAAAAAGAUCUUCUAUUCAAGUGGAAAGUUCCUAUCUGAGUCCGAGAUUGUUGACAACUUGCUGUUGUUGCUCCUUGCUAGUCAUGACACUACUACAGCACUCAUAACAUGUGUGAUGAUGUAUCUUGGAGAAUUGCCGGAGUAUUUCUUACAAACAACAAUUGAUUGCCUGUGGUUAACAGAGCAGAGUGAUAUUACCAAGUCUAAAGAACCAGGAGAGUUGUUGAAAUUGGAGGACACUCAGAAAAUGAGAUACUCAUGGAGUGUGGUCUCCAAAGUUCUGAGGCUGAUACCGCCUAUUAUUGGUGCUUUCAGAGAGGCCGUAGUUGAUUUCACAUAUGCAGGUUAUAUAAUCCCGAAAGGAUGGAAGCUAUACUGGAGUCCUGACACAACAAUUAAAGAUCCAGCUUACUUCCCAAAUGCAGAAGACUUUGAUCCUUCCAGGUAUGGAGGAGCAGGACCUGUCCCGUAUACCUAUGUUCCAUUCGGAGGGGGACCAAGGAUGUGCCUGGGGUAUGAAUAUCUUAAACCAGUAAUCCUCGUGUUCCUGCAUAACAUCGCGAAGAGAUUCAAAUGGGAUUCACUGAUUCCUGAUGAGAAAGUUACAUAUAAUCCCUUGCCUUCACCAUCCCAAGGUCUUCCGAUUCGUCUUCAACUGCACUAA